AUGAUCAGCAAACUAGCCUUCUGCUUACCUCUGCGGCGCAACCCGUUUCUCAAAACCCCAACCCAUUUGCGCUUUAGUUUAUCAACUCUUGCAGAGAGUAAUGUUAGCAACAGCAAUACCCCUUCACAAAAUCUCUUUGUGCACUUUGUUACCACCAGAUUUAACAUGUCUUCAGCUCACGCCGCAAAAAUGGUAAAACGUCUGCCCUCGUUGGGACGGCUCAAGACCCUGGAUAAGGUUGAACAACUCCUGUGUAUGCUCAACAGACAUGGCUGCAGCGAUGAUCAAAUUGCAAACAUAAUCAAAUCGCACCCCUUGCUUUUAUUGGCAAGUUCGGAAAGAGUGCUGGAGCCCAAGAUUCAGUUGCUGAAAGAUUUCUGCGUGGAAAGGGAAAAUAUGGUUGAAUUUCUGAAGAGGUGCCCGAGCAUCUUGACCUUUAAGCUGGAGACCCUCCGCUGCAGGCUUGAGCUUCUCAAGACGGUAUUCCCAAAACGGGAUUUUCUGUUCAAAGCAAUUAUGAGGAACCACAAUGUCCUUGAAAAUCAAAUUCAGAAGACUCUGGAAUCCUCGGUUGCCUUUUGGGAGGGUUUUGGUAUCCGUGGAACAGAGCUCACCAAGUUUUUGUUGUUUAACCCUAGGGUUUUGACGCGCUGUACUCUGACGCCCGCACAACUUGAUCUCAUUGGCAAGAUUGGCAUUCUCAAGGGAAAAAAAACGUACAAAUACGUUGUGAGCAUGGUGGCCAACUGUCGCAUCGAAGCGUUAGAGGCCAAGAUUGACAAGCUUCGUCUUUGCGGCCUUUCGCCUGCACAAGCCUGGGAAGUAGUUAGGGUUUGCCCUUCUGUACUCUUGCUUUCGAAGGAAAACAUUAAGAAAAAAAUGGACUUUAUGCUCAAUCACAUGGAACUCUCUGUAGACUUUGUGGCAAAGCAUUCACGCAUGUUUUCAAUGAGUUUGGACAAGGUAAUGAGGCCUAGGUUUUUAGUUAUCCAAACUAUGACAGCAAUGAAUGGAGCAGGGGAGGUUAAUCCCACGCGACUUUGUAUUAUGUUGAUGAUGACGGAGGCCAAGUUUGUUGCCCAGAUCAUACAAGGGCAUCCUGAAUCCGCUGCGCUGUGGACUGUUUAUAGAAAUGCCAUUGCUAAUGUCUCAGAAAGAUCAAAGAUUUCAGUUUCUUAG